GGUUUGCACCCCGUUACACGUCACACGCGCCUUCGUUAAAGGGUGAAGAUACAGGCAAUGUCACACAGUCCUCCUCAUCAUCACGACUAAAAAUUCACCGCGUCUUAUGUACAAUUAUUCCAGCAUUUUGGGGAAAAUAAUAACCGAAACGCACAGUUUUCCAUUGGAAGAACAAACAGAUAGUCCCUCCCUCCUCAAACUCACACCAUUGGCUGAAUUACGCCCUGAACGUGUUCUGAACAGACUGCUGUGUAGAGUUCUGUGCUCUAGAAGGUGCUGUCCAAGGUCCUGAACUUCUUCAGCCCAGCUUCACUCUGCUACAUGCUAACAGGCAGCUCCUGACACCCAGUUCCAGAACUCUUUACAUCAACGCACAACUUUGAACCAUGGAGGAGGGUUACAGAGACCGUACGGCAUUCAUUAAAGGUGCCAAGGACAUUGCAAAAGUGGUCAAAAAGCAAGCAGGUAAAAAGGUGGGCCGCCAUAUGGACAAGAUGACUGAUGAGUACACCAAACGCUCUUAUACCCGCUUCGAAGAGGAAGACGAUGAUGAUGAUUACCCCGUGCAGGCCCAGGAUGGCAGCUACUACCGCAGCAACAGCAGGGCCAAUGACGACGAAGGAGCUCACAGCGACUCCACAGAAGGCCACGAUGAGGAUGAUGAGAUCUACGAGGGCGAAUACCAGGGCAUCCCUAGAAAUGACUCUGUUGAGAAGGCCGACAGACAGGUGGAUGGAGUGGGACAGUCUCAGUUCCGGGACAAGGCGCAGUAUGAGGGGGAAAGGAGGAAGGACCAGGAGGAGCUGGCCCAGCAGUACGAGACCAUCCUCCAGGAGUGUGGCCACGGCCGCUUCCAGUGGACCCUGUACUUCGUGCUGGGUCUGGCUCUCAUGGCUGAUGGUGUGGAGAUCUUCGUGGUGGGCUUCGUACUUCCCAGUGCUGAGAAAGACAUGUGUUUGUCUGAGCCCAACAAAGGCAUGCUGGGUCUAAUUGUGUAUCUGGGUAUGAUGGUGGGUGCCUUUGUGUGGGGAGGUCUGGCUGACAGAAUCGGCCGCAGACAAACCCUUCUUAUCUCUCUCUCCAUCAACAGUGUCUUUGCUUUCUUCUCCUCCUUUGUCCAAGGAUACAGCUCUUUUCUGUUCUGUCGUCUGCUCUCCGGUGUGGGGAUCGGUGGCUCUAUUCCCAUUGUGUUCUCGUAUUACUCUGAGUUUCUGGCUCAAGAGAAGCGUGGUGAGCACUUGAGCUGGCUCUGCAUGUUCUGGAUGAUUGGAGGCAUCUACGCUGCUGCCAUGGCCUGGGCCAUCAUUCCCCACUACGGCUGGAGUUUCCAGAUGGGCUCAGCCUACCAGUUUCAUAGCUGGCGAGUGUUUGUGCUGGUGUGUGCGUUCCCGUCUGUCGCCGCUAUCGCUGCGCUGACCACCAUGCCAGAGAGCCCACGCUUCUUCCUGGAGAACGGAAAACAUGAUGAAGCAUGGAUGAUUCUGAAACAGGUCCAUGACACCAACAUGAGGGCCAAGGGCUACCCGGAGAGGGUUUUCUCUGUCACCACUAUUAAGACGGUGAAACAGAUGGAUGAGUUGGUUGACAUGGGUGGAGAGACCACAGCCUGGCAUCAGCGCUGGAGGAUCAAGCUGACCAACCUCUUCCAUCAGGUGUGGGGCAACUUCCUGACAGUGUUUAAUCCAGAGUACCGGAGGACCACCUACAUGAUGAUGGCUGUGUGGUUUUCCAUGUCCUUCAGCUACUACGGGCUGACUGUUUGGUUCCCUGACAUGAUCAAAUACCUGCAGAAACAAGAGUACUCCUCACGCACAAAGGUCUUCAUCAAAGAGAAAGUGGAGCAUGUGACCUUUAACUUCACCCUGGAGAACCAGAUCCACCGGAAUGGAGAGUACUUCAACAACAAGUUCUUAAAUAUGAAGAUGAAGUCUAUGGUAUUUGAAGACUCCCUGUUUGAGGAAUGCUACUUUGAGGAUAUCACGUCAAGCAACACCUUCUUCAAAAACUGCACCUUCAUCUCCACCCUCUUCUACAACACAGACUUGUUCAAGUACCGGCUGAUCAACAGCAAACUCAUCAACAGCACCUUUCUGCAUAACAAAGAGGGCUGUAUGCUGGAUUUCAGCGAUGAAAACAACGCCUACAUGAUCUAUUUCGUCAGCUUCCUUGGCACACUUGCCGUCCUGCCUGGGAACAUUGUGUCAGCUCUGCUCAUGGACAAGAUUGGACGUCUAAGAAUGCUGGCGGGUUCCAGUGUGAUUUCCUGUGUCAGCUGCUUCUUCCUGUCAUUUGGAAACAGUGAAUCCGCUAUGAUCGCCUUGCUCUGUCUAUUUGGGGGCAUCAGCAUUGCGUCAUGGAAUGCCCUGGAUGUGCUAACGGUGGAGCUGUACCCCUCGGACAAGAGAACUACUGCCUUCGGGUUUCUGAACGCCCUCUGUAAGUUAGCUGCAGUUUUGGGCAUAAGUAUCUUCCAGUCGUUCGUGGGCAUCACUAAAGCAGUGCCCAUCCUCUUCGCGUCGGGGGCUUUGGCAGUCGGAAGCUUCUUGGCCCUCAAGCUCCCUGAGACUCGCGGUCAGGUGCUUCAAUAGUGCAGCGUUCCAGCAUGCAGGUGGCGGCGUUUGAGUUUGACCCUGUCCGUGAGUGAGCAGUGCUGGAAGCAGCCGAAACAAAUCCCACAUUUACAGAUAUCUUCAUUCCUCCAAUAUGUGCAACUGUAUUAUUAUUUCAUUUUAAUUUGAUUUCAUUCAGAUCUACAUGUAUAGAUAUCACAGGAAGACCAUGUGUGUAUGUGUGCGUGUGUAGAAAAACUGCCAUGUUAAACACAUUCCAGCUUUGCGUUAUGGAAUGAAUGUGAAAUUUAACGUUAAUCUUGACUUUCCCCUUUAAUCUUUAUCCAAGCCAUCACGUGAUUUGAAAACCAUCACUGAGGACCCGUGAAAUCAGUAGGUAGAUAUAUUUGAAUGGACAGGUGAUGGUUAUUGUUGUUGCUUUACUCUAAUCCGUUGUGUCCCAAGAACUUAAAAAGUGUGUGAUGCCGCAAUUAUCUGCAAGCACUCCUCACUUUUUAGAUGUUUUAAUGCAUUAACACUGACAUCACAUUACUAUAGACAGUGGUUCGCUCAUUUUUGGUUUUACUCCAUCUGAAGAAUUCGGCUGUUCUUUCAAAAUGUCUGAUUAUUGACGGUGUUGUGCAUGAAAUGAAGCGUGAUGAUAGUGAACAUAACUGAUGAAAGUGCUCUGUAUUAUGCUACUCUACCUAUGAUUCUUUGGACAUGAUGUAAAAUAUGAGCUAAGUGACAUGAUGGGAUUUCAUUUGAAUGAUUUAGUAUGCCAUUAUUCAUAUUAUGCAUUAUUGUUUUAUAUUUUGUUUGUGUUCCUAUUGAGAUCCACAGAGUAGCUUCAGUUGUGUCGCUUUUGAAUGUGCGCAAACAUUGAGACGAACGUAACAUUCGCCCCGUUUUCAUACAAAAACUCCAUUUAACACAUGUGGAAAACUAAAUAAAUAAAUGAAGCACAAAGUGAUUUGAUUCAACUGUCAAAAACAAUAGUUUUAUUUUGAUGAUUAUGUAAAUUAUGUAUUGAAUAUAAAUAUAUAAAAUUUAGCUGUAAUUCAAGUCUGUCUGUUUGAACACUCAAACUAUUAUUAAAUAUAUAUAUAAAAAAAUAUAUUUACAUGUUCAAAUGUUGAACUAGUAUCAACAUAAUGUCUUAGAUUCCAUUUGAUGUAUGUAUAUACAGUUUAUCUGUUUUUCUCAAAGCAAAUAUAUAAAAAAAUGACUGAACAAGUCAAUACACUUAUUUGCAGCACACACAAAUGCCCUCCUUCACGUUUUCUCUUGUGUUCUUGUAAAGAAACAGAGCUAUUCGUCUGUGUGUGGGUGUGUGUGUGUUAGUAUGGAAGUAUGUGUGCUUGCAUGUGAAAUGUUGAGUGUUCUCUGAAUAUUUGUAUUUAUUUAUAUAACUGUUUAUGAGAGUUUGAUUUUAUAGUAUUUUUUACUUUGAGUAUCUGUAGAAACAGAUGUAGUGCCACAUGCAGGGUGAUUUUUUUGCUGUAUCAUUGUUGACCUGAUGUUCAGUUCUUUGGUGACUUGGUAGCAGAAACUGAAUAUAGCAUCAAAAA